CUCACCUGAGCCUUUGCCAAAGCUGGAGGCGGGAGCGUGUAUAUAUAGCCUACACUGACUGUAUAUAUAACCCAAGACAUGAUAGUGAGUGAGAAUCACUCAGAUUCCAGGAGCAUCUCUCCACUGGCUGCGGGUUAUUUCACAUCACCAUGUAUAUAAACGCACCCGAAUCGUGCAAUUUCAUGUUUUUAUUUUGCUUCUUCAUAAGGAGUGGUCUGACUUUGAAGAAUGAUGCUACGGAGAUUUUCUACUCUCAUGUGGUCAGUCCCGUUGAGGAUACUCAGAGCAACGCGUCUCUGAAUCGCGCGCGCACCGGUGGAAGAGGCUUCGCAGCGCACGAGAGAGAACGAGUCCCGGUCGGCUGCAGAGAGCUGCGAUCCACCAAGUACAUCUCAGACGGCCAGUGCACCAGCAUUAACCCUAUUAAAGAACUGGUGUGCACGGGACAGUGUCUUCCUGCUCAGAUGCUGCCCAACUGGAUCGGUGGAUACAGUAGGAAGUUCUGGAACCGCCGAAACAGUCAGGAGUGGCGCUGCGUGAACGACAAGACCCGGACCCAACGGAUUCAGCUGCAGUGCCAGGAUGGCAGCAGCAGGACCUACAAGAUCACAGUGGUGACCUCCUGCAAAUGCAAAAGAUACACGCGGCAGCACAACGAAUCAGGAGUCAAGACUGAGGGAUAUGUUCAUACCCAGUUAAAAAAACACAAAAAAAGGGGGGGCACUGGGACUGAAAGCUAAACGAGUCUCUGCUCGGACUGAGCUACUAGAUUUUCCCAUUUACGUAAACGAACUCAGUAUGAACAAGAGAGCGUGACGUCAGCUCAAAAGAGCACUGAACUUUCUGUGUGCUGCCUUUGUGAGCAAGUGCAGGGCUCUGAGUUCACUGUGAAACUGUGCAGUCUUUGGAAGCAGGAGAAAAGGGACUAAAUCUCAUCAAUUUAAUCACAAUUAACAUCCCAUGUGACCCUGUGUCGAAAGAGAUGGACAAUGACAAAUGCA